ACUUUUUGUGGUUUUUUGCUAUUUAAUUUUCUGUUUGCAUUACCUUAAACAAUUUUGAAUCUGCCUAUUGUAUGCUUGCAGUGGCAUUUGGGAGGAUAACAAGUCCCCUUCAAAAGAACCUAUCAGAAACAUACAAGUGGUGGAUUGGCAAUUUGUCUUAGUGGUUGUGAAGAUAGUCAGACAGCUGCUGAUAGCUCAGUUUUUGGUGGAAAGGGAAUGAAUAUGGUGUACUGACUUAUCAUUUCACAAAAACAAUCAGAGAAUACUCUGGAAUAACUUAUGGGGGUCCCCUAGAAAAGAUGCAUGACGAAAUUAAAAAGAUUAACCGAAGCAGAUGCAAUAACCGCAUAUUGCAACAUAUCUUAAUCGUAAAAUUGAACAGGAUCCUCUUUUAUCAUCAUCAGAGAAAUUUGAUGUUUCUACGACAAUGUUCACAUUGUGAGAAUAUACUGAAACAAAUGGCAAGUAGACAAGUAAGAUGUAACCAGUGUGGAUCACUAUUAAUGGUUUCAGCAGAGACUCGUGUCGUUGAGUGCACAGUGUGCCAUGGCAUGACCCAGAUUCGACCCUCCAUUACAGGAUCAUGGAGUGAAGUAGUCUACAACUCCUUUCAUCAGUUUGGAGGUCGUCUCAGAAGCUUUGUAAAUACCAUAAUGCCUGGUUCUGGUUCAGUUAACAAUAGCAAUCGGCGGGGUUAUUAUGGGACACCUCAAAUUGCGUAUUAUCCUCCACCUCCUCAGUCACUAAGGCCAUCAUACAAUGCAUAUGGCCCAAAGCGGGCUGUGCUAUGUGGAAUUUGCUAUCAUGGGAAGGAUAACCAGCUAAACGGCACCGUGAAUGAUGUUAAAAACAUGAAUAUCUUUCUGGUUACGGAGUGUGGGUUUCCUAGGGAAUCCAUUCUCAUUCUCACAGAUGAUAUGGAGGAGAGAAACCCACAAAAAUUCCCGACGAAAUAUAACAUUCUGAAGGCCAUGAGGUGGCUAAUUGAGGGUAGCCAGUCGGGGGAUUCAUUGGUGUUCCAGUUCUCAGGACAUGGUUGUCAGGAACUGGAUACGAAUGGGGAUUUCGAUGAGCUUGAUGAGCGUGACGAAGCAAUAUGUCCGGUUGAUUGGGAAAAGCAGGGAAUUAUACUCGAUGAUGAUAUUAAUGCUGCAAUUGUUAGGCCACUACCAUACGGUGCUAAACUUCAUGCCAUUAUUGAUUCAUGCAAUAGUGGCACUGUCCUUGAUUUAGCUUAUGUGUGGAGCCAGAGGGACACAUGGGAUUAUCAAUAUGGAGGUCCUGAUAAAGACACAAGUGGAGGGCUAGCAAUUUGCAUUUCAGGUUGUGGCGAUUAUCAAUCGUCCAAAGAAAUCCCUGUCUUAAGUGGUGGUGGCGGCGGCAAUGCGGUCACUGGCGUUUUUACUUAUAGUUUCAUCUAUACCAUGCUAAAUGAACCAGCUGGACUAAGUUAUGGUGGCUUGCUCAGUUCCAUGCGUUCAACCAUCCGUGGGAUGCUAAAUAACCCAAAUGCUUCGCUGUUUAAUACAGAUUUUACCUUGGCCCCAAGACAGGAUUUGCAGAAGCCACAACUAUCCUCUUCCAUGGAGUUUGACGUGUAUACAGCCCGGGUUGAACUGUGAUGGUAAAUUCUCGUCAGAAAAUAAUUAUGGAGAUUAUAACAGUGUAGACAGUUGACAGAGAUUAAAGAUGUACUACUAUUCGAAAUAAAUUAAACGAGUUAUUGGAGAUUCGUAACAUCUAAGAUUCAGAAAUUUAUGGUUUAUCUUAACAUGUAAAAUAAUGAACAUGUUGCAUGCUGCUAACGUUCUAAUUACAUUUGAAUUAACAA